GAAAAAUCCACCGGCAUAUACAAAAUGGCGCCCAAAAUUAAGGAUUAAAACUAAUCUAAAAAUAUAUUAUACGAAAUCGAUAAUUCACUAAAGUAUUUUUCACUUGAUGCUACUUCAAAUACAAUAUAUUAACAAAUUGCACGUCGUGAUUUUGCAAGUACUGUUGCCAACUGCGGCGCAACAAAAUAUCUAAUAGGAUCGCGCAGGGUCUUUCCGAUUAAUUCAGUUUCGCGAACAUUGGCCAAACUGGUGUUACGUUCGACAUAACCUUAAAUGUAAAUAAUAAAAUUAAUAACAAUAAUAUGGAACCAAUAAUUUGCACAAUUGAACCCUAUUUAUUAAUAAACAAUAAGAAUGUCGAGGCCAACAACGAAUGCGGGAUCUGUGGUGAAAAUCACGUCACCAUGGAUUGUUCAUUGGUCAAAAUAAAUUCUCAUAUUCCUGACAAAACAAUUCCGUCCAAAGCAAGACUAAGCCUUCCCGAUUUCCUAGACGUGCGGGCCCUCGUAGACGACUCCUUCGAUGUCUAUACGAAAGAAGUCAUACCACAGGGUACCCAAUUUGGCCCCUUCCAAGCCAAGUAUAUAGUUAAUCUGAAGCCGAACAUUCGGUUUCCACUUAAAGUAUUUAUGCAAGAUGAAGAAGAAUUAUCUGAGUAUUAUUUGGACACCAGCGAAGAAUUUGAAUGUAGCUGGUUGUAUUUUGUAAGUCCGGCCAGUGCGUUGGAUGAGCAGAACCUUAUUUGUUAUCAAGAUAAUUCUGAUAUUUAUUAUGGUACUACUAAAGAAAUUAAACCUGGGGAAUGCUUAAAAGUUUGGUAUGCACCAUUUUAUGCCCAAAAAAUGAACAACACUUUAUUAAAACCAGAGUUGCCUAUUAAUGAAAAUAACAAUGAUGUUGAUAUAAAUUUGCUGGUUAAAUCCCAACAAAAAAAUAUGGAGAGAGAUACAUGGACUUGCAAAUUCUGUGGUAAAUUAGAAACCAACAUUACAGAGUUUGCCAAACAUUUGUUGGUGCACUAUAAAAUGAAAUUAAAGAAAGAGUGUGAAAUUUGUAAAUCCUCUUUUGGAUCUCUAGGUAAAUUAAAGAAGCAUUUAAAAAUAGUACAUUCCUCCCAAUUGGUUCAAAAUCCUUCCAGUAAAGAACCAAACUUGACAAUAACUAAAAUUAAUCCCAUAAAUAAGGACAUAUCAGUUGGGGGGCCACUUCUUAAUGAUAUUUUAGGUGAUAGUUUAGAUAAUUCCAAUUUGACCCUACAGCAAACUGACUUGAACUCCCUGGAGUUGAAUUACAUUGAAAGUAACAUUCUUUUGGACAAUGAGAACUUUAAUAUGGAUAAUUUGUUAAACGAAAAUGUUAAAGAAUUAGACCAUUUUAAUUUUGAACUUAAAGAUUCUGUUGAGGACAUAGUAUGUGAUAUUUGCCUUAAGGUGUUCACCAAGUUAUCCAAUCUGAUUAAACACAUGGUGCAGCACACAGGCACCUUCUUUUGCCAUACUUGCAAAAAAAUAUUCUGCCGACAAGAGAACUUAGAUGCUCACCCUUGUCUUGGUGUUUACAAGUUUUCCUGUCCCAUUUGUAAAAAAAUCUUCAUUCAAAAGAAAUACCUUAACAGACACUUAGCUUACGUACAUUCGAAAAUCUCGUGCCAAAACUGUUCGAUCAUAUUUCCUUCAAAAGCCGACCUAAAGUCGCACGUUUGCAAAAACGACGGAAUUAAGCAAAAAUUCCCUUGUUCCAAAUGUACGAAGGUGUUUUACAAUGAAAAGUCAUUAAGGGAUCACAUCAGGCGUCACCUGAAAGUGCUCAAAAAGUCGGAGCCCACAGUUUCGUAUAUUUGCGAGGUGUGCACUAAAACCUUCACCAUGCUGAGGUCGUUCAACGUUCACAUGAAGACGCACGGUGAUCCGGAGUUCAAGUGUGAGACGUGCGAUAAAAUGUUUUGGAGGAAAGACAUUUUGAAGAACCACAUGAGGUUACACACGGGGGUGUUGGAGUUUGUUUGCGACAUGUGCGACAAGAAAUUCAAGACUAAAACUCUAUUAUAUUGUCAUCAAACACGGGUACACAAAGUAGCCAGAUUCGGUUGUGACGAAUGCAACGCCACCUUCAAACAAAAGUCCUUGCUGUCUAAACAUUGUGAAGAGAAGCACAAUAAGUUAAAGGAGCUAACCACCACCUUAGAUUACAUCUAUGAGUGUCCUCUAUGUAACAUAAAAAUGAAGUUAAAGAGCUCCCUAAACCGUCACAUCAGACGCAAGCAUUCCGACCAAGAGAAUUACUACAUGUAUUUGAACCUACGUCCCAAACGUCUAACUAGGAAGAAAGCGAAGCCAGACGUGCAAACUGAUACGGAUUUGAAAGUCUUGGACCUGAAAGAAACCAUAGAUAAUAUGAAUUUCACCACGGACGUGAGCUUGGAAGGCAACAUAGAGAACAACAUCAACAUGGAGUUUGAGGACAUGCUUAAGCGUACGACCGAAAAUAUGGACUUCUUGAAUGAAAGCCAGGAAGGGAUGGUUAACAAUUUGCUCAAUAUUCCAAUGGAAGAAACCGUGCUUAAAGAGAACCAGAGGAAGGAAGUCUGUUUGUCCAUGCCAGACUUGUCUGGAAGCGAUGAACUUCUUAAAUUAGGCAACAGCACCUUAAUUUUAGAUGGUACAAUCGUUGAACCACAGGAUGAUGAUGAAAACGUUGUUUAUUACAUUUUAGGCGAAAAACUAUAAGUUUGAUGGACCUAGUCAGAUUAAAUGCAUUUUAUUUUUAUAAAUAAAACUAUUUUUAAAUAUUA